GGAACAUUGCUAACAGUCCGGUUCCGGAGAACUUAAAAAAGUCGGCUACUUUCCCUUCCCUUUUCUAUACCAUUAAUUGAUAGAUUUUUUUUCUCGCCUAUAUUCUUGCUCGGUACCUUCCAUUGACGGAUAAAUCCAGAAGCAAUAAUGGCAGCAUCAGCAAGGGACAUCAACCUCUCCACGUCUCCUACGGCCUCAUUCCAAUCUGCACCGUCGAGCCAUGGAGGAUCAGCUCUGGGAAGCCGCACCAUCCCACUUGCUAAUGCGAAACACCUGAAGCCAUUCGCCACUGAGGAUAUCAAAGUACUACUCCUGGAGAAUGUCAAUCAGACGGGCAGGGAUAUUCUCACAAAACAGGGCUACCAGGUUGAAUUCCUCAAAUCAUCGCUCCCAGAGGAUCAGCUUAUCGAGAAAAUCCGUGAUGUACAUGUCAUUGGAAUUAGGUCCAAGACGAAACUCAGCGCUCGUGUCUUGAAGGAAGCCCGGAACCUUAUUGUUAUUGGCUGUUUCUGCAUUGGGACCAACCAGGUUGACCUUCAGUAUGCAGCUGAGCAUGGCAUUGCUGUCUUCAAUUCCCCUUUCAGCAACUCCAGAAGUGUUGCUGAGUUGGUGAUCGCCGAGAUCAUUGUUCUUGCCCGUCAACUUGGCGAUCGGUCAAAUGAAAUGCACAAUGGUACCUGGAACAAAGUGAGCAACAAAUGCUGGGAAAUCCGUGGGAAAACACUCGGAAUCAUCGGUUAUGGUCACAUCGGCGCUCAGCUUUCAGUUCUAGCCGAGGCCAUGGGAAUGUCGGUCAUAUUCUAUGAUGUAGUGAACUUGAUGGCACUCGGUACAGCGCGGCAAGUGCCUACCCUUGAAGGACUCCUUGCACAAGCCGACUUUGUUACCUGUCAUGUCCCCGAGCUUCCGGAAACCAAGAACAUGAUCGGGCACCAGCAGUUUGAACAAAUGAAGACGGGCAGCUAUCUCAUAAAUGCUAGCCGCGGGAGUGUCGUUGAUAUUCCAGCACUUAUCCAUUCCAUGCGAUCUGGUAAGAUUGCAGGAGCCGCGCUUGAUGUCUAUCCUAAUGAGCCGGCUGGCAAUGGUGACUAUUUCAAUAACGACCUCAAUACAUGGGGAGCAGACCUUCGUAGUCUCAAAAACCUGAUCUUGACCCCGCAUAUUGGAGGCAGCACUGAAGAAGCACAGCGUGCAAUCGGCGUUGAAGUUGCGGAGGCAUUGGUGAGGUACGUCAAUGAAGGUACAACGCUCGGCGCCGUCAACCUCCCAGAAGUUGCCCUUCGAUCAUUGACCAUGGAUGAAUCAAAUCAUGCUCGGGUCAUUUUCAUUCACCAGAAUGUUCCUGGUGUGCUGCGAAAAGUCAACGAAAUUCUCGGGGAUCACAACGUUGAUAAGCAAAUGACCGACAGCAGAGGUGAUGUGGCCUACUUGAUGGCUGAUAUUAGCGACGUCGACAACUCUACAAUCAAAGACUUGUAUGAGAGACUUGAGAGCCUUGGAUCCCGAAUUAUGACUCGCAUCUUGUAUUAAGAAAGCCAGGGUUAAAAAGCACGAGGCUGCUUGUUGCGCCGAACUUGUCGACGCGAUCUAUCAAGGCUGAUUUUGCGUCGGUGCUCUUUCAACAGCAGUAUUAUACAGAGUGGGGACGAGAAAGCCAUGUAAAUCACUUCCCACAGUCAAUUAGCAUGCGUUCAUUUGGAGCCUAUGCCUCAAUGGACUUUCAUAGGGGGUCAUUUACUAGGCUUCAUUCUGAAGCUCGCGCAGCUACUCUGCAACUAUUGGCAAAAUGUUCAACACCGCCUCACAAUUUGAUGUAUCAACCAGAAUUUCCAGUGAGCUUAUAUAUACGUUAGCUUCAGUAUAUAAUGCUUUAUUUAAGUUCAUACUUCAUUAGCCGGAAAACUUUGGGG